UCUUCCAUGACUGGUUCUCACUGCUUGCUGGAAGCCCACAUCAUUCUCCAGCUCCUUAAAUUGGUACCGUACCGGUGGAUAGCAGCGUGACUGUAGAGGGGCGGUACGACAGACUUCAUAUAAGCAGUUUGCGCUGGCAGCAUCCCAAAUAUCUAAAAUGAGCUCCUCUAACAUGAAAACAAUCACUGUAAUCGGCAGUGGGCUGAUUGGCCGCUCCUGGGCAAUGGUGUUUGUCAGUGGAGGCUACAGUGUGAAAAUCUAUGACAACCAACCAGGACAGGCUGCCAACGCCAUCACAGAAAUCAGGAAGCAGCUGGAGGAGCUGGAGGAAGCCCACAUGCUGAGAGGAGAGCUGACCGCCAAGCAGCAGCUCGCCCUGCUCAGCAGUUAUGAUAACCUGGCUCAGGCACUGGAGGGAGCCUUCUUUGUCCAGGAGUGUGUUUUUGAGCAGCUUGAGGUGAAGCAGAGUGUCUUCCAAGACAUUGAGCGUCUUGUGGGAAAAGACAUCAUCCUGAGCAGCUCCACCUCCUGUCUGGUGCCCAGCAAUGUCUUCUCUAAAGUCCAGAACAGGAGCCGCUGCCUCGUCUCCCAUCCGGUAAACCCUCCCUACUAUGUCAAACUUGUCGAGCUGAUACCUCACCCAGAGACAGCAAGUACCGUUAUGGACAGCACCCAUGCCCUCAUGACAAAGGUUGGUCAGGCGCCUGUCCGUCUGAAGAAAGAGAUUGAUGGCUUCGCCCUUAACAGAGUGCAGGCAGCCAUUAUCGCAGAGUCAUGGAGGCUGGUCCAGGAUGGCAUUAUCUCAGUCAAGGACAUCGACCUGGUGAUGUCAGAGGGACUAGGAAUGCGCUACGCCUUCAUUGGUCCCAUGGAAACGAUGCAUCUCAAUGCACCUGAAGGUUUAGAGGACUAUAUGAAGCGGUAUGGACAAGGCAUACAGAGGGUCCUGACCUCCUUUGGGCCUGUGCCAGACUUCUUCGGUGAGGGAGCGAAGGGCAUCGUUAAUGAGAUGUGUGAGCUGAUUCCCAGUGACCAGAAGCAUCUGUCGGAUAGGAAGGAGAGGAGGGAUCAGCUUCUCAUGGGUCUAGCCAAGCUGAAGAACGACAACUAGGAUCAACAUGCACUGCACAAAAUCAUGAACGUUUCUAAUUACGACUGUUGACUUAGGCUAGGAAUCCUUUAAACAAUUCAUUUCAUUAUUAUCAGUAUCACAUAUAACCUCUGCCAGACGGUUUUUACCUCUUAGUUUGUUUUUAUGCCAGUCAACACACAAAAGAAACUUCAGUGAAAAUAAAAAAACACAAAAAGGACAAGUGGAGGAAUUUCUGAUAUGAUUUGACAUAAAAGACAUUAAAUGUAAGACACGCCAGCACAAACAUACUGUACAUACAAGUCUACAACUUGACCUCAAGACUUGAGACUUGACUUGACUCACAUUGUGGUAAUUAAUAGUUACAUAAAUGUUAAUUAAGUCUGUGAAAAAUGUGUUUUGAUAAAUGAAAACAAUGUGAUCAUACAUUGAAACCAUGCUUUUAAAGGAAAAUAAAACGGUGAAGUCAAAUACUCACCUCAUAUUUCAGCAUUUAU